CGGCUGCCAUGAGUUGUGCGGAGGUGAUGUAUCACCCCCAGCCUUAUGGAGCGCCCCAGUAUCUGCCCAACCCCGUGGCAGCUGCAACCUGCCCCACUGCCUACUACCACCCGGCACCCCAACCUGGCCAGCAGAAGAAGUUAGCGGUAUACAGCAAGAUGCAGGACUCUCUUGAAGUGACCCUUCCCAACAAACAAGAGGAGGAGGAGGAGGAGGAGGAUGAGGAGGAGGAGGAGAAAGACCAGCCUGCCGAGAUGGAGUACCUUAACUCUCGCUGUGUCCUUUUCACUUAUUUCCAGGGAGACAUUGGGUCAGUAGUGGAUGAACACUUCUCAAGAGCUUUGGGCCAAGCCAGUACCCUCCAUCCAGAAUCUACCAUUUCAAAAAGCAAGAUGGGGCUAACCCCCCUAUGGCGAGACAGCUCAGCUCUCUCAAGCCAGAGGAAUAGUUUUCCGACUUCCUUUUGGACCAGCUCUUACCAGACCCCAUCUGCACCUUGUCUGGGGGGAGUUCACCCAGACUUCCAGGUCACUGCGCCCCCUGGCACCUUUACUUCUGCUGAUCCCAGCUCCUGGCCAGGACACAGCCUGCAUCAGACUGGCCCUGCCCCUCCCCCUCCUGUGUCAGAGUCCUGGCAUUACCCUUUGGCGUCUCAGGUGAGCCCAUCCUACAGUCACAUGCAUGAUGUGUACAUGAGGCACCACCACCCGCACAUGCACCAUCGACACCACCACCACCACCACCACCACCACCCUUCUGCUGGCUCGACCUUGGAUCCAUCCUACGGACCCCUGUUGAUGCCGUCUGUGCGCACAGCCAGGAUUCCCGCUCCUCAGUGUGACAUCACAAAGACAGACCCAACAACAGUCACCACUGCUACCUCAGCGUGGGCCGGAGCCUUCCACGGAACUGUGGACAUAGUGCCAAGUGUGGGGUUUGAUACAGGUCUACAGAAUCAAGAUAAGAGCAAAGAAUCACCAUGGUACUAAAAUGCACAGUACUAGCAAGUUGGGUUAGAGUGUAAAUCCAUGGACCCAUUGGGAAACUAUGCUGCCAGGAUUUUCCAUUCUGCAAUCAGACACAAUACACAUGGAAGAAAAGCAAGCGUCAGCUAUAUAACUUUGUUUUGGAGGAUUUUCUCAAGAAAACAGAGUGGUUCCUAGACAUUGAAGGAAAGCAUUUUUGUCUGUUUCUUCCUCAUCUGAGCCUUUGCCAACUGUGCAACUCUCCUUUUUGAAUUUUUUUGUCUUGCUUUCAUCAAUACAUUGUUAAAUUUUUAUUUUAUUUUAUUUUUUUUUUUAACCAACCACAUUGUCAGGAAAAGACGAACCACAAUGAAAAUGCUCAUUCUUUCAGGAAUAUAAUUUCAUAGUUCUAUGUGCAUCUAUUUUUGUAGAAAUACAGAAAGUGUGAUUUAGCAUUUAGGGGCUAUUUUUGAGGGAUGCAUUUUUUUUAAUAUUGUAAAAUUGUUAAGUUCUGUUUAAAGAACUUGCUCUCAGAGAAGCACUGGCAAAAAUGUUUAAAAUGCUUGUCUUUAAGAUGUCUGUGACAUGCUCUGUGCUUUCUAGGUUACCUCAAAUGUUUGAUAUUUUCUCAUCUUUUUUUUUAAACAAGUAGCAUCAUACCCAAACCGAUAUAGUAUUGCUUUACAUUAAAUCUCAGAGAAGAUUUAAUUCCAUGCUAGCUCACUUAGCUUUGAGUUAUAUGUAUCACUUGAGAAAAGAUUUCUUUUUAAAAAUCACCACGCUCAAGAAAGGAUAUUUCAUUACUAACUUAUCCCAAAGAGUCUUGGAAGUUGACUAAGAAGAGAUGUUUUAUCAGGUGGAGAGUUUGCCUAGAGUAUAUAAUCUUCUUUUGAGUUCAUCCAAUUUUGACAAGUGGAUCCAGAGUUUACGUACAACUAUUAGAAAAAAACUAAACAAUUAUGCUACCGGCAAGUUCCAGUAACUUAGCUUACUUGUUCCUAAUUAUUAAUUCAUGGAAAUUUCAAAAGUCAUAGUUUAAGUUAAAUUUUUCCUGGUAAGAAUUUGAAUAAAUAAUAUGUGGUAAGGUACAAGACAUCAGAAGAUCUUCAGUGACUGUUUCUGCUAAUGCUGUCCCACUGUAAACUGAAAAAUGAUAUACUGUUUAUGUGAUUUCUUAUUAUAGCACGUUUUUGUUGUUGUUCAAAUUCAAUUGUAAUUCAUUUUAUAUUUAAAAAACAAAUCCAGAAAAAAAAGAAUGUCAAUUUGGGGUUCAUGAUAUAAUUGUUGAAAUGUGAUUUAUAUGUUAAAAAAAUCUAUUACUCAAAAAUGCAGGAUUCAUCUUGACACACCCUCAGGGUCUCAAUAAAGUGAACUUGAAAUUAUCAGUAUCCUAUUAGGAAAAUACUAGGAAGAUGAAAAUAGCGGUUAUUGAUAUUUUAAGGACUUUCGAUGAAAAUCCCAUUCUCUCUGUUAGCUGUUUCCACAGAUGGGUGGUGACUUUUUCAGUAUUAUAUAAAAAUUUUAGUUCUGUAGAAAAGUUUCUCCAAUAUUCCCCUACACUGUUUACUCCUACCCCAUGUGAAAUGCAGUGUUUAGUGAAAUGCUAUUUUUCAACUGUCAAGUGUGUGAACAUUGUAGCUAAGACAACACAUUGUGUUCAACAGGGCAGAGUUCUCACAGGUAACUUUCAAAUCUUUCCCUUAGCUUCGUUUUGCUAGUUUUCUCUUCCAAUUCAGCAUGUGAGUUAUAAGUCUAUAUACACAUUCAUUCUGUAUCCCCACCACUUUAUACAUAACUUCUUCUGAACCAGACUCUCCUUAAUUAGAGUAAGUACGUUCUUAUCUAAUGUGAGAUCAAAAUUAAAAUAUUUUCUAUUUGUGUAGUAAAUUUUCUAUGGGAUGGGUUGAUUAAAACACCUACAUGCUCAUUUAUAAUUUGACUUGAUAAAAUUAUAAUUUGCCUAAAUUUGUGGAAGCAAGAAUUGAAUUAAUGUAUGAAGCUGAUAGCAUUUUUUGUCCUAAGUUUUUAGACGGCUUAGCAGUUCCAAUGGGGUGAUUCACUGGGAGUUACUAAUUUUCUUCUUCCCUUGAAGCCUAUCAACUUUUUUCACAGUUUCUCUUAAAACAAUGUUGUCCUUCAUCUCAUUAGGAUUAUUCAGUUGUGUUUUCCCAAUUAAGAGGAGACUAAAUGUUUAUUCCCUGUUUCCUUCUUAUUCUGUACUGAAUUAAACUGAAGGAGAGAGCUAAUUAGGUAGCUUCAGCAUGAAUGUGGACUUUCCUCUAUGUCACUCCUGGUAACUAUCCAAUAAAACAUUCCUUGGAUUUGGGGGAUCAGAAAAUUAUGAGGUAACAGAAUUCUGCUGUACAUAAAGAGAUUUGUAAUGUAUCCCAUUGGUAUUAGUGAUAAUCUUCUUCUCAAAAGAAGUAAAUCAAAAGCUAAGUAAAAGGAUUUUUUUUUUUUUUUUUGUGAGAGUUAUUUGUGACCUGACAGUCUCUGUUGGGUGACUCUUAAAAUUUAAACCAUCUUACCUGAAAAUCUACUGAACGACUGGUGGUCUAUUGUUAUAGUCAGAUUACCUUUACACCGAAAGAAUAAAGAAGAUGAGAUGUGUGUAAAGAUAAUAUUUUGAAUUUAUUUUAACUAUAAAAUGCUAUAUAUAUAGUUUUAAUAUUCUCACAUCAAAAUGAUGCUUUGGAACAUAAAGGGUCUACUGAGAGCUAUUUUUACAAAGUAUGCUACUCAAACGUCCUAAUUAUCUGUGAAUUAGACACUAGAAAAUCAUCUCAUAGUUGUCACCUUUUUUUUUUUUUGCUUUGACCAUCAAACUAUCAUAAGCCAAGGAAAAAGGUUAGAUCCUGGUAGGUUAUUUGAUUUCUCACUGUUUAUUUGUACAGAGCCUUUGAACUCUAAAAUCAGUGUUUCUUAAGAAAAUGAGCAAAUGAGAGCUAGUGGAUAACAUAGUUGCGGAGUAGUUACAGCAGACUUCAAAAAGAAAGAUUCUAGCAAAUGGUGCCUCUGAGAAACUUCUUAUUCAUUGUGCCAGUACUAUUAGCCCCUUACCUUACUAAAACUUGCAGAUUGUAAACCAGAAUGUAUUCAACUUCUGUAGUUAGUGUGGUUAAAUGAUACAUUUGUCAUUUAAAGUGGUAGUCAGAAGCUAUAAUUUCAAGAAACUGUGUUCUGAUCCUUAUCAAGUGCCCUUUCUUACUUAAUAUUUGCCAUGUUAAGUCAACUGACUGUGGUAGUAAGUGGUGGAAAAGGAAAUUGUGUCAGAAUUCUGACUGGGAGAUGAAUAAAGAGGCAAAAUGAAUUAGUAAAGUACUGUCUUAGACAUUUGAACAUUAGUUAUUCUGACUUUUAUAAGUGGAAUAAGGAUUCCUAGGCUGUGUAGAUUAAAAGUAGUAACCGUUUAGUUUAUUGUCCUUAGGAGUUUAGUAAUUGAAUGCUACCACAAAUAUCUAUCAGUUGAGCUCUAAAAUGUCCCUUCUCAUACAACUGCACUUUCCCUAAGAAAUAAUGUGAGAACCUUUGCCUUCUACAGAUGUUGACUAUAAAAUGUAAAUUUUGUAAUUAUCUCUGAUUUUUUAAUGCAUCAUUUAUGAAGGAAAAUAAACCUCUUAGUAAUAUGUAGGUACAACUCUAAAGUUUCUUACAUAGUCCAACAUUUUAUCCAUUUGGGACUCUAUGUAUUUGUGUUAACUGUCUUCAAAAGCAGUAUAACAAUUUAACGCUAUCAAUCACCUCAAGUUUUUAUUUCCAUUUGUAUUUUGGUGUUCUCAAGCACCUGGAAUCAAAACAUCUCUUCUGAAGUUAUUUGAUAUUUUUCACUUGCCUUGGAGGAAAAAAUUGCAAAAUAUGAUGGGGAAAAAAAAAUCCUCCUCAUGAAAAGAGGAAGGAAAGAGACCAACUCUUUACAAUCUCAGUCAGCAGAUUUACUCGAGAAAAUAAAAAUAAAAAAAGAAACUUUAUUGGAAGCAGAUGUUGACACUGUGUCAACUAUUGAAAAUGGAAAGAGUUCACUUGAACUGUUACACUUAGAAAGGGUUACUGAUCGCAGAUAGAAUUCUCGUGAUUGAUCACCUCACAGCAGACAGAAGGACAGCAGAAAAGCAAAACAGAAACUGUAUGAAACCAAGACUGAAAUCAGCCUGUGAUCUGAAAUGUACAGAUCCUUAAGAACUCAAUUUGCUUUGUUUUGUUUUGCUUCCUCUAGGCUAAAAGACACAUCUUUCAAGAAUUUUGUUUUGGUCUUCACCAGGACUUCAUUGUUCUGGACUGACUUUUUUUUAGACAGAGAAGGAGGAGAGAGGGGAAGAUACCACAAUACUGAAGGUUUCUCUAGUACAAUAAUGGGCAGUUGAUAAGAACCUGGCUCCUGUGUGGCCCAAACAGGCUCCUUCCUAGAAUAGCUGUAUUGCUGACCUCAGGAAAGUUACGGUUGGUUUGAGCAAAACAUUAAAAUUUAUUAUCUAAAAUAUUGACCUAAGAACCUAUAAACCUACUAUAGAACCUGUCGAAGACAAUUGUGCAAAUUACAUAAAGGGUGGAGGACUCUGGAAAUUAGGACCAAUUAAAUGUGGUCCACAAGGGAAUCUCAGUCAUAAAUAGCUUCAAAAUGUUCAUAUAGGAGUCACUUGAUGGUAGAGAUUGGUCACAGAAAAGACUACCAGAAUUCAUUAAGAGAUUUUUUUUCUCUUUGUGCUUUCUGGGAAUUUUACUCUGCACACUUUCCCCAAACUAUAGAAAUAGUCAUUAUUAAAAUAUCUUAAUUUUUCAUUGAUGGGAGUGUCCACUAUACUUUUAUGUUUGAAAAUUGUUUUACAGUGUCAAAUAAUUGUGCAAGCUCUUGCUUUCUAGAGCUUACAAAUUUAUUUCAUCUAGUGACUUUAUUUGAAUCUUCUUUUACAGUUUCAAGAAGUGCUAUUUUUUUUUUUUAAUUUCUGUUUAAGCAAAGAAUGACACUGAAAAAAAGGCAGGUUACCAGCAGUUAGUUUCCUUUUUAAUAAUUUCUGGGAUAGUAGAUUUAGAUCUAAAAACUACUUUAAAAUACAAGACUCUUUAACUGACUUUGUUGUUGUAUGCAUAAGAUGUGAACUUUUCUAGUGAUAUCUCUUUAUAUUAGUAGAGGUGUACAUUUUUUCCAUGUUGUGGCUAGGACAGAAGUAAUUAUUUACACAUCUGAUUCAGUUUCUUAGACUACAAUCUUGGAUAUUAUGUCUGACUUAAAAAACACUACUAUGCCAUACACUUUUUAGGAAAAGUAUUUCAUUUGUAUACUUUGUAUCAUUUGAAAUAGGUUAAAUUAAAAGGGAAAACAUAGACUCAAUUUGUUUCCAUAUGAAUCUAGAUAAGGUGAAAUACUUUUAUGAAGAAAUCAUAGUAUGAUAAACUUUGUCUCAUUUACUUAAACUGAAAGCUAAUAACAGAAUUAUCAUCUUACAACACUGAAAAUCAGCAGAAUUCCUAAUGUUUAUGAACAGUUGUUCACUAUCUUAAUUUUACAUUUUAAGAAAGAAAAUUGACUUUCGCUAUGUUGUCAUCUUUAAUUUACAAAUAAUCUUAUAACACUUUUAGCAUAUAAGCUGAUUACAAAAAUCAAUUUUUUUUUUUUGUGGGAGAAGGUAAAGACAUUUUCACCUUUUAUUCACUGUUCAAAUGCAAGUCUCAUAACUAUGUGUUGAUGGUAUGUGAUGAUGGUGGACUUUGUAAUAAAAAUGUUAUUUUCAAUUUGUUCAGUUGUUCAAUAAAUUAAUGUGACCUCAA